CAUCUUACACGUCAGAUUCCAAUGGCUCCCAAGUUAUCCCAGAUCGCCCAGACGGCCCGCUUGGCCGCUUCGGCCACUAGAGCCCACAACAUCGCCAAUGUGACUGGAAACACUACCAGAUCCGUAGCCCAAGCUGGCCAGUACCAGGCAUUGAGAAUGAUGGAUUCGCGUGCCGCUUCGUCGUCGGCUGUAGGCUCAAAGACCAUCACCGUCAGAGACGCCCUUAAUGCCGGGCUUGCCGAGGAGUUGGACAAGGACGACGAUGUCUUCCUCAUGGGUGAAGAAGUGGCCCAAUACAACGGUGCCUACAAGGUGUCACGUGGUUUGUUGGAUCGUUUUGGUGAAAGACGUGUGAUUGAUACCCCUAUCACUGAAAUGGGUUUCACUGGUUUGGCUGUUGGAGCUGCCCUUCAUGGUUUGAAGCCUGUGUUGGAGUUCAUGACCUUCAACUUCGCUAUGCAAGCUAUCGAUCAAAUCGUUAACUCUGCCGCUAAGACCUAUUACAUGUCCGGAGGUAAACAACCGUGUAACAUCACCUUCCGUGGUCCCAAUGGUGCUGCUGCCGGUGUCGGUGCUCAACAUUCGCAAUGUUACGCUGCAUGGUAUGGAUCUAUUCCUGGUUUGAAGGUUGUUUCGCCCUACUCUGCCGAGGACUACAAGGGUUUGAUCAAGGCUGCCAUCAGAGACCCUAACCCAGUUGUGUUUUUGGAAAACGAAAUCGCCUACGGUGAAACCUUCGAUAUCUCCGAGGAAGCUCUCUCCACAGACUUUGUUUUGCCUAUCGGCAAGGCCAAUGUCGAAAGAGAAGGAACUGACUUGACAUUUGUAUCGCAUUCCAGAUCUGUCAAGUUCUGUAUGGAAGCCGCUGAAACCUUGGAGAAGGAAUACGGCGUCAAGGCCGAAGUCAUCAACUUGAGAUCCAUCAAGCCUUUGGAUGUUCCUACCAUUGUUGAGUCAGUCAAGAAGACUAACCACUUGGUCACUGUUGAAGCCGGAUUCCCAGCCUUUGGUGUUGGUUCUGAAAUCUGUGCCCAGAUCAUGGAAUCCGAGGCUUUUGAUUACUUGGAUGCUCCAGUCGAAAGAGUCACUGGUUGCGAAGUUCCAACUCCAUAUGCUAAGGAAUUGGAAGACUUUGCUUUCCCAGACGAACCUACCGUAAUCAGAGCCGCCAAAAAGGUGUUAUCUUUGUAAGCGGAACACGACAUGCACAUUAUAGAUCACACCUCUUAGAGUGUUCGUAGACUAUCUAUGUAUAUACGAAUAGGAAAAGGAGAUAGU